AUGGCGCAAGCUUCUGCUGGCGCUGUAGCGUUAGCUAGAGCGCGCAUAGUCCGGGAAUCGACGGGCAACUAUCUCGUUAUUGCACUCCCACUACCGUCUGCCCUCCUAGAAGUAACGCAGCCCUUUUCAUCGUCAGAGACCCACAGCGCCGCCACGGAUAUGCCAACUCAGGAUCGUGAUUUCUGGGAAACCUUCGCCAAACACCCCACCUUCCAGAUUAAUACACUCCUUUGCAGCCUCGGAAUACGCCAGACGAAGAUCGGCCCGGGGCCGCUCAAGUUCCAGCAUCACGCUCUAAACGAACUUGCUGAUGCUGUCACUGCAGCUUCCAGAAGUCUACCAAUAGACAUGGAGCAGCUCCUCGACGCUGCUGCUGACUACAAGUAUGCGCCACUCCAACAAGCCAUUGCGCAGCUCCUGCAUCAGUUUGGCGCCGAGAUCUGGGGUGCAAGCAAACAGAGGAGCUGGCUUCUCAAAGCCAGUGAAGGCCACACAGGAUAUCAGAAGGAUCUGAUAUUUGAAGAUGACGCAGCCAAAGUUGUAUUGAUGUACCAUUUGCGCAUGUGGAUUCUUGCAAAGGCUUUCAAUUGGAAACGGUACAGUGCGAGGAAGGCCUCAAAUGUAAGCGAAAAUGCCCGGGCGAAGAGUCACAACCUCAGGAAGGGCAGCAAUUCGUCACUGCCGCCGCGGCGAGGCCAGACUGACACUCGCCGCGAGACUAUCGUAGCACCACCACCACCAGUAGUAAGCGCUGCUACCACCUUAUCCGAAGCACCAAAGCAGCAGAGUGACUUCUUUGGCCGUAACCAGUCGCAAGUGCGCACGAAAUUGCUGACAUCUGAGCCUCAAGAUGCUGGUUCAUUUGAUCAAUCUCAAGGUGUAACUCCUGAAUAUAAUGACCGCAACUCAGAGUCUGGAGUCACUUGCGAGUCUAGUGAGGUCACAGAAGCUAUCACAACAGCAUACUCUGAAUCAGUCGCACAUCCGACCAAGCCAGAGCCAGGUGAAACAGAUAGCAAACACGAUACAAAGAGAGACAACAUGACAGACCGCACGAUGCUGCUGACUCCUAUACAGCUUCCUGUUGACCGGUAUUGGAGCAGAGAUGAUUGGCGCCUCUAUCAUAUGCAAGGUGAUGAGCGCAAGGCCAUACUUGCAACAAUGCGGUCGGUCGGUUUGGCGGUAAUUCCACAACACGACAACCGCUUCGAAUUUCCCGUUAGGAACUUUGGGUCAUUAGGCCACGACAUCAACAAAAUUGCAUACGGAUUGUCCAGCAAGUUCUCGGCGGCGCAAUUACUUCGGUACGCUGAAGAUAUAUUUUCCCUGGAUGAGGAAAUUGAUGUCUUGUUCGAGACACAUGCCCCGAUUUGGGGUCUUGAUGCAGACCGCACAAAGCUGAUAGUUCCAGGCACUGACGAGAACUAUCCUAAGGAUCUCAUAUACGAGGAGAGCGCAGAUCAGAAGCUGUUGUGGAUGCAUCUUCAUCGCUGGAUUUUCCUCAUAGCGUUUAAGAAUCGUCAGCAGAUGCACAACACUGACGCCACAAACACAGACCCAGGGUUUCAGCUAGAAGGCGAAGAGAUCACUGGGGAUACGCCGGGCGAGUUCCAACGAGACAGAGUGCAUACGUUUGACGUAUCAGAGGAACAUCCUGGUCCAGCUUCCCGGCACGGAUUAGAUGACCUUGCUGUAGACGACGCGAUCACUAAACCGAAUCACACUGGUUCUGUAUCGGUCGAUCCAGCUCUUGGGGAGUACGAGCAAGGUAAGCUUGGAGAACUUGGUCAUAACCUCGCCGAGGUGAAUGACCAAGAUAGUAGCACACUGCUCGGCGACAAAGCAGAGGUUUCGCCCAAGAAGCCGUCCAGAUACCAACAUAAGCGGAAAGACGACAGCAGCGCAGAGACGGAGCAGCACGAGAUUCUCCGACCUCUCAAGCAGCACCGAACGUAUCAGUCUUACACCAACACGAAAGGCCACGAACUGGGCGCCCUCUUCACGAGCUAUCUGUGCAACUACCACGAUCUGGCAUUCGAUGAGGUCGUGGCGCUCAAGCAUCUCAAGCACGGACUCUCAUUGCUCGACGACGAUGCCAUCAGCUCCCCCACCCAACGAAGUAUCGAGCUCGCGACCGCUUUUCUCGUCCUCUCGUUUCCGGCCUGGCUCGAGUACCGCCGGGAGGUUGUCAGCGUCAAGCGCAGCUACGCCGCCAUGCAGCCCCCGCAGAACUCGCCGCAACAACAUCGCCACCUCGCCUUGCUUGAGCGCUCGAGACUCGUGACCCAGCUGCGCCAGGCUCAUGAGCGGUUGCUUGAAGCCGGAUACGAUGGACUGCGGCCCGAGCAAGUCAUCUUCCAAACAAUGAAGAUGUUCUUGAAUGUCCAAAAUGACUCGCAGAUGGCGCAGGAUAUUCGAGAUGGGUUCCUGAGCCUGGAGGCAGAGCUGAUGAAGCUGGGUGAUCAAUUGAUGAAGGACGGCGGCGCGAAAUGGGUUAUGGGUGGUUCCUCAUCAGUUUCUAGCUUGGAGGGUCUUAGGUCGCAGGAGCGGGAUGGAUGA